GUACCUGUCAGACGUGUUUCCGAGGUCGUCGUGUGUCCUCCGCUCAACAGGCGGCGCAGUUGACGCACGCCAACGUCUCUAGCGUGACGUGAGGUGACGAGGAAACGACGCUGACGCUCUUUACGUAGAUGGUUGUUUGUUGUACAUUUGCUGAUAUUAUAAUCAUCUGGAGCUGAUCUGAAACCAGCAAUAUGGGUGAACGUAAAGGAGUGAACAAGUACUACCCUCCGGAUUUUGAUCCAGCCAAGCAUGGCUCCAUCAACGGCUACAGGAAAACGCACCCGUUACGGGAGCGGGCCAGGAAACUGUCCCAGGGCAUCCUCAUCAUCCGAUUUGAGAUGCCGUAUAAUAUUUGGUGUGAUGGCUGUAAGAAUCAUAUCGGCAUGGGGGUUCGAUACAAUGCAGAGAAGAAGAAAGUGGGCACUUACUACACAACUCCAAUAUAUAGGUUCAGGAUGAAGUGCCAUCUGUGUGUGAACUACAUAGAGAUGCAGACAGACCCGGCCACCUGUGAUUAUCUCAUUGUGAGUGGAGCCCAAAGGAAGGAAGAAAGAUGGGACAUGGCUGAGAAUGAGCAGAUACUCACUACUGAGCACAGUGAGAAAGAGAAGCUGGAGACAGACGCAAUGUAUAAGUUAGAUCACGGAGGAAAGGAUAAAGAAAAGCUACGUGCCGCCAUCCCGUCUCUCACCGAGCUUCAAGAGCACCAGUCCGGGUGGAAAGAUGACUUUCAGCUGAACUGCGCCCUCCGCAGGAAGUUCAGGACUGAGAAGAAAGUGAUUGCCGAGGAGGAAGAGAAAGACAAUGCAGUGCGAAUGAGGACCGGUUUGUCUAUCCCUUUGUUACCGGAAAAAGAAGAAGAUAAAAAACUGGCAUCAUUGCUCACCUUCCAGAGUCCAGACUCAUACGACGACAGACAGCAGACAAAAAGGCAACAGAUUUCGUCUCGUUCCUGGUUCAGUGGCCCAUCUUCAGCAACGGGGGGAGCUGCCGGGGGCCUCUUGCAGAAGUUAGGCCAGCAGGGUCGAGGAGCAGCCGUGGCUAAAGCACUCAGCUCUUCAACACCCAGCUCACACAUCCUGGUACGCAGGAAGUCAGAAAGCAGCAGGACUGAAAGCGCCAAUGUUACGACCUCCAGCUCGUCCCCUGACACUAAUGCAACAACUGUAGACACGACCCCCACGGGCUCGCCUUCUCCUCUCACAAACAACAUGAAUUCAAGCACAGAAUCAAACACUCAAAGCUGCACUACAGAGGUGCAUGAAGAGGAAGACAAGAACGUGUGUGCUGGAAAGUCCCUGGUUGCAGAUUACAGUGACUCUGACUCAGGCAGUGAGGUUUGAUUUAGUUAAAAUUAUGUGUUAGCUGUGAUUCUUAGAUGUAUCAUCUUACGGUGAACAAUUAAAAAAACACUUCCCUAUUGAAGUGUCUCAGAAUUGUUCAUCUUUCGAGCAUUGAUGGGUUGGGAUCACGUAGAGCCCUUUGAAGCAGCAGUGAAACCAAUUGGCUCACAUUGAAUCCCACCAUAUGGAGAAAAAUCCUGGAAUGUUAUGAAAGACUAGAACAUUUUGGCUAAAAUAGGGAUGAGUCACGAAAUCUUUAUUCUGGAACAGAACUAAUAAUUUUUCAGAAGCUCAAAAUGCCAUGAACGGCCAAAGUAGUUAAAAAUGGUGUCCACGAAACAUUUUCAAAGUUCUCGUGGCUGUAAUUUUCAGGCAGUUUUAGAACGCACAUUAUUUUUGGUUGUCACAUCUCCUAGCAACAAGGUGCAUGUUUUUGUGUAAGUUUGUUCAAAGUCUGGUAGUAUAUGAUCCUUAAUGAAUGAAGGCCAAUUUUUCCUCUGUGACAGUUCACAAAGUUGGUAUGACUUUUCAAAAUCUGAUGAAAUUUUUCCGGCAAUGCAACACACAUUGCAACACCCCCAGUAGUAUGUUCUUACACAACUAGAGACUGCAGUUUCAGGACUACCUUUCUAGAGCACUUUGUGUGUGUCAAAUCAGUCAAGUCAUACUGGUAUAACCAACCAGAAGGAAGCAUGAUAAAAGGCCACAGUGGCAGACCCGCAAUAUGGCUCUUAAAAUAUAUAUUAUUAUUACAAUAAAACAUUAAAAGUAUCAUAACAUACAAAAAUAGUUUUCAACUGUUCAGCGGUAUUACCUGAAGUGAACAAAUGUUCUCAAUGGUCCGUCUGUUCUCAUCGCUGAUGGAGCCCACACAAUAACGACCACAAAUCGGAGCACCUUUACAUAUCGUGUUAAAGGCCAAUUUCAUGUAAAAGUCAACCUUGUCGUGGAAAAAUCACAUUUUUAACAAAACGCUGUUUAAGUUGUGCCUUUAGGGCAGUAUUGUACUUUAUUAACAUGCCUUAAUAGAAACGUAAAAAGAAAAUCGCUGUGUUUUACUACUAAAUAUGAUGAGUGCCCCUUUAGUAAAGUUACAUUUCCAUUCGUCUGCAUUCCAGUGAGAGAUCAAAGACUGUCCAGUUUGAAUUUAUGUCAACAGUAAGUAUUUUGUAGAAAAAUGGAGGCCUUAGUCUAAACAGUGAUGAUUUUUGGAUUUAUAAGGGCUGGAUUUAUGAGGUCAGGACGCUUUAACGCUGAGGUUUAUGCAUAAAAAAAGAAUGUAAAAACCUGUUGCUAUCUACAUUCCUGCGUUAAGUGGUUUCCCGUAGAAAACUGUUAUAAGGAAAACACUGAAAGUUAAGCAGAUUGCGUUAAUAUUGCCUCAUCUGCUUUCCUAUUUAAUCUACACAUCAUUAAUACAGAGAUUGCUGAGUUUAAUAUUUUAAUAUUAUGGUUUUAAAUAUAUUAAGUGCUUCUACAACGUUUUGUUGCACUGUUUAAUUUGAAAUAUUGUUGCAGGGGCUUAAUAUGGAUUGUAAAUUGACAAAACGUGAAUUUUGUUCACAUACCUUUGUUUUGCCGUUUUGAAAGGUGAUCCAAAUGUUUGCUGCUGUGAAACACUGAAAAGACUGAAAAACUGACAGGCUUGUGCUGCAGUUCUAUGGAUGUUUUGCCCUCCAGGUGUUUGAACUGGUCACGUGACUGAAAACCAUGAAUACUCUCCGGAGAUCUUUUAUACUGUGUUCAGCAUUCUUCUAUAUUAAAGUAAAGUAAAGUGUCUCAUCACCUCACAGCUGAGAUUCCAGUGUCUCACCACAAGAUGGCUGUGGGGGGCUAUAGUACCCAAGCUGGUGAGUGUUUGGGCUGCACACUGCACUCUAGAGUCUUCUCCUGUUCCAGAGGUAGUGGCUCCUGCUGCAGAACCUCCAGAGGUCGUGGCAUCUGCUGCAAAGCCUGUAGAGGUGUCUGCAUCCACUGCAGAACCCCCCAAGGCAGUGAUGCCCAACCAUGAACCCACAGAGGCCAUCCAUAAACUCAUUGUCUGUCCGGUCACGCCCACAAACACCGGUUGUGAGCUCUGCCUGUGACGUCAUGGCUCCCCGCUCUGCCUACACAUCCACAGCUCCCUGCUUUGCCUGCACCACGACAUGGCCUAGGACCUCCACUGUCCUGGUCAUGUUACUCAUCUUCCAGUCUCCAGCGAUCAUUUAUACCCUCCUUCAAGUCUUCAACGAUCUUCUAUAUUUUCCUUCCAAGCCUUCAGCGAUCUACUGUAGCCUCCAUCAAGUCUCUAGUGAUUUUUUACACUAGUAUUCAGCGAUUUCCCAUACUCUUCUCGAACGAUCUCUACUACACUCUUCUUCAAAUCUCCAUCUAACUUCUAUACUCUUUUUUUUAGAUCUUCAGUGAUCUUUUAUAUUGUCCUUCAAGUCUCCAGCAAUCUUCUAUACUCAACUUCAAAACUCCAUUGAUAUAUUCAUCUUCAAUGGUCCAGCGAUCUUCUAUAUUCAUCUUCAUAUCUUGAGUGAUCUUCUAUACUCGUCUUCAUGUCUCCAGCGAUCUCCUAUUCUCAUCUUCAAGCUUCCAGCUAUCUUCUAUACUCUCCUUCAAGUCUUCAGAGAUCUUCUAUAUUCUCCAAGUGUCCAGCAAUCUCCAAUACAAAAAGUCUUUAGUGAUCUCCUACACUUUUCUUCUAGUCUCCAGUGAUCUCCUAUACUCGUUUUCAUACCUAAAAAAAGUGUUUUUUCUAAAAUUUCUAAAUCUCCCUUGUAUUCUACAGUCACCCUUUAUUGUAUGCAUUUUAAUUUCAUAAAUUUGACUGCCCAUCCAGUCCUAAUGGGUAAUAGUGAACAAACUACGGAAAUUUUGUGCAUCAAGGACCUGCUAUCGAUAUGCAUAAUAUUUAAAUAGUUUUCGAUGCAGUUUGUGUUUGCAGUUUGUUGCCAAAUUAGCAUUUUUCCCCAUGGAAUUGGGCUGAUUGUAUUAAAACAUUUAGCAUUCUAUCCAUAAUAAAACUGUGUUAGAUGUUAAAAUGUGACAGUAAAAUAUAUUUUAGGAAUGGAAAUGACCCUAUUUUGAGUGUUUUGAUAUUGUAACACCUAGCCAGUAGAGUGAGCUCUCACAAGAGUACUAGCAGUACUCAGCCUUUCUGCUUCUUCUCUCAUCAUAUCCUGUUUAGGGCUUUAUAACCAGAAGCCCUCCACAUGUCUAAUGCAAAGUAUUACCAGUUUACCUGCCUUACUGAGCGCUCCUUCAAUUGAUUCUGACUGUUAUCUCUGUGUAUGACUAUCUGCCUGUUUACAUGUUCCUUGAUUCCUGGAUUUGCCCUUUUGUAUUGUUUGCCUGAUGGGACUGCUUUAGUGUAGCUGACUCUCUGCCUGUCUUCGGAUAUUUGUCUGUUGUCUUGUACCUAUUAAACAACUGCAUAUGGAUUCAAA